UCAUACAAAUUUAAUAAUAUGGAAGAAUGUUAUUUGGACAAAAGUAGUCCAUUCACCAGAGAUUGUAUUGUGUAGCAUGUCGAUGUUCAAUAUAUUUCUGUUAUCCUUCUUCUGCUUUCAGUCUCAAUAUUGCUAUGCAAUUUAUAACAUAACUUCAUCCCAGUCCUUAUCUCAAACACAAACUCUAGUCUCCCCGAACCAAUUUUUUGAGUUAGGCUUCUUCAAUCCAAAUAAUUCUGCAAAUCAGUAUGUGGGCAUGUGGUAUAAGAAUAUCUCACCCCGUACUGUUGUCUGGGUGGCUAACAGAGAUAAACCAUUAAAAGUUGUAGACUCUGCUUCCGCCAGUCUCAUAAUUGGUAGUAACGGAAAUCUGGAGCUGGUGAGUGGUAAGAACAAGUCUGUUAUCUGGUCAACUAAUAUUCCUGUCCGAUCAAAUGGUUCAAUUGUAGAGCUUUCAGAUAAUGGUAACUUGGUUUUGAAAGAUGACAAAACAGGAGAAAGCUUAUGGCAGAGCUUUCAACACUUAGGGGACACAUUCUUACCAGGAGCAACGUUAGGUUAUAAUCUCAAAACUGGAGCUAAUUAUGUGCUGACCUCUUGGAAGGGUGAUAAUGAUCCAUUACCAGGGAAUUUCACACUUGGAAUCUCGAAACAGUCACCCCCGCAAGUUUACCAUUGGCUCAAUGGAAAAAUGCCUCAAUGGAGAAGUGGACCAUGGGACAAAUCCAAGUUCAUAGGUAUUCCAGGGAUGGGUGGAUCAUAUCUAAAUAUAAUUGAUCUCCAACAAGACUUUGAGAAAGGAACAACUUUUCUCUAUUUAAAUUCAUUCGAUAAUUUCUUUGGCAGAAGUCUGUUUGUUUCAUCUCAAGGUCGUCUAAGAUUUACUGCCAAAGACGAUGUCAAGUUUUUACCAAAAAGUAGAUGCGACGUAUAUGGAACUUGCGGAGCCUUUGGGGUAUGCAAAGCAUCUGAGUUUCCAAUUUGCAAGUGUUUAAAAGGGUUUGUACCAAAAUCAGACCAAGAGUGGAGGAAUGGUAUUUGGAGCGGAGGGUGCAAAAGAAGAACCAACUUACUUUGUCAGAAAAACUAUAGUAGCCAACCAUCAAAUGGAGAAAAAACAGAUGGAUUUCACAUGAUGAGCAUGUUAAACCUUCCAGACUUGUAUACGUCUGUGAACAAUAUUAAUGAAGCCAGUGAUUGCAACACGUGGUGUCUAAACAAUUGUUCUUGCGUUGCUUAUGCUUAUGUAAAUGGAAUUGGAUGUUUGGUCUGGUCAGAAGAUCUUAUUGACAUUCAGGUCUUUCCCUAUGGCGGUGCAGAUCUUUUUAUUCGCCUUGCACCAGCUGAACUUGGACAGAAAACCAUGAAGAUUGUCAUCAUCCUCACAGUUGUUUCUGCUUGUGCCCUUCUUCUUGCUGCUGUCUUCGUAUUUCAUAGAUGGAGAACUAGCCACAGAUCUGGAGUAGCAUGGCCCAUUAAGGAGAUCAUAAGGAAACUUUGUUUGGCCGAGAUAAGUGAAACUCCAAUACACAAUCUUCAAGGUGCCAAACAACAAGAUCCAUCUGAGCUGUGUAUUUUUGAAUUGAGUAGUGUUUUAGCUGCUACAAACCAUUUCAAUAUCACAAACAAACUCGGUCAAGGAGGGUUUGGUUCUGUUUACAAGGGAAAAUUACAAGAUGGAAGGGAAAUAGCAAUCAAAAGAUUGUCUAGCAGCUCGGGACAAGGCAUAGAAGAGCUUAAGAAUGAGAUGAUUUUGAUUUCUAAACUUCAACACAGAAAUCUGGUGAAGCUCUUAGGUUGCUGCAUUGAAGGAGAAGAAAAGUUACUAAUUUAUGAGUUUAUGCCCAACAGAAGCUUGGAUACUUUUCUAUUCGAUCGAAGUAGAAGUGUACAUCUCAAUUGGGCUCAACGCUUCAACAUUAUUCAUGGAAUUGCUAGAGGUCUUGUAUAUCUCCAUCGUGAUUCAUGUUUAAGAGUGAUACAUCGAGAUUUGAAAGUAAGCAAUAUUCUGUUAGAUGAAAAAAUGAAUCCAAAAAUAUCAGACUUCGGAUUGGCACGAAUUUUUGAAGGGACAAUGGAUCUAGUAAACACUCGAAGGAUAGUUGGAACAUUAGGCUACAUGUCUCCAGAAUAUGCCAUGGGUGGAAUAUAUUCUGAAAAAUCUGACGUAUUUAGCUAUGGGAUGCUGCUAUUAGAGAUAAUCAGUGGGAAGAAGAACUCUAACUUCCACUAUUAUGAGAAGGAGCUAAGCCUUGUCGAUUAUGCUUGGCAACUGUGGAAUGAAAGCAGAGGACUAGAAGUGGUUGAUGAUGCAUUGGCCGACUCAUACUCUGCAGAAGAAGCAAUAAGGUGCAUACAUAUUGGUCUUUUAUGUGUGCAAGAUCAUGCAAGUGAUAGGCCAACCAUGGUUGAUGUGGUUUCCAUGCUGAUCAAAGAGACACAUCGUCCUCAACCUAAACAGCCUUUCUUUACUUGCCAAACUCAACCACACACUGCAACAAGCUCUGCCUCUGUGAAUGAAGCUACCGUAUCAGUAUUUGAAGGGCGCUAAGUCACUCCUUAGCUUUUAUCCUCUUAAUCCAUCCAACCUAUAUUGAUUAUAAUAUUUCAUUUUGAAUUCUAUAGCUAUGAUUUUUUAUCUUUUAAGAAAUUAUUAUGUGUAUAGUUCAGAGUUACAAGCGGUGAAAUCUCAUAUAAUCUUCAGGGUUGGUGGUGACACUUACCUAUCAAAAAACCUGCAAACAAAAACCAAUUUUGUUUGCAGUCGUCAGUCAAUAUAUUAAUUGUAGCUGAAUAUUCUUUUCUUAGAGUAAAUGACAUUUGUGUUUCUUUAGAGUUAAUGACAUUUAUGCACUCAAAUUUUAAAUAGUAGGCCUUUAAAGGGGUGUUUUAGUGG